UUAAUUAGAGGAUAAUGGUCUACUGUCUAGACGAUGAAUUUUUUACUGUUUACCACUACACCUUGUUGGCGAAAAGGGAAUUCUUUUCAAAAAAACACACGGAAGGUUAUUUUGGUUUUUAACAUACAUACAUACACACAAUGAACGGUGCUUUUGGUGCUUCUGCUGGCGGAGCCGCCUUCAACCCACCUAGGCCAGUAACAAUGAUUUAUCUUUGCGCAGAUUGCGGUGCAAAAAAUACCAUUCAGGCGAAAGAAGUAAUUCGUUGUCGUGAAUGCGGACACCGUGUCAUGUACAAAAUGAGAACCAAGAGAAUGGUACAGUUUGAAGCCCGUUAAGGAAAGACAUCAGUUCUUUGGGAUAAAUAAUGAAGAAGAAUCGAACUUGUAUUACUUUUUUGAGCUACAGGAAGCAAAGGACACUAAGGGAAACAUAAUAUUGCUGUUGAUUUUAGCAGUCGUCCUUGACAUUAGUCAAAAAGAAUAGAGAAUAAAAAUUAACGAACUGGCUUUGGGUAAUUACAUAAUACAAUAGAAAGUUUAGAGGACGCUGGUAAGAAAACAUAGUGGCAGUCGCUUCUGCGACCUUAUGAAAACUACAAACAAGUAUUUGACGGCACGGAUAGUUGGGCCAUGCAGCACUUCUAUCAAGCCAAAAGAAAAGAGGACCGCUUGAAAAUCUCAAAGCCAAAGCUGUGGCUUUGUGGACAGAUACGGUGGUUACAUGAAGAGAACAAAAAUAAAAGAAUAAGAAAUAAUCAUUAAAAGUAUG